AUGGAAGAACAAAUAGAACAAGCUGUUUCCUUUGCAUUAAGCCCAGCUAUGGAUCAAAGCCUGAAAACUCGGGCAAUGAACUUUUGUGAACAAAUCAAGGCAUCUCCAGAUGGGUGGAAAUUGUGUCUUUCAUUUACUCCGGAGGCUCGUGUUUUUGCUUUACAAGUUUUAGAUGAUGUUUUACAAAACAGAUUUACAACACUAGAUUCUUCUCAAAUUAUUCAAAUACGUUCUACUUUGAUGGAAUUUUUUAAACGAGAAUAUGUUGUUGGCGAUGUAAAUGAUGAACCACAAUAUCUAAAAAAUAAAUUUGCUACUACAUUGACUUUAUUGUUUGUUCAAUUAUAUCCAUCAAAUUGGCAAAAUUUCUUUGACGAGUUUCUUUUAUUAAUCCAAUCAAAUAAUAUUAAUAUUAAUGGUGAAAGGAAAACAAAUUCUCGUACUGUUGAUAUUUUUUUAAGAAUUUUAUUGUCAAUUGAUGAGAAAGUUGCAAAUAUUGCUAUUUCGAGAGGAAAAGAAGAAGCCAUUAGAAAUACAACAAUAGUAAACAAUAUGAGGGCAGGUGAUAUUCAAAAAUUAGCAACCAUUUGGUAUGAAAUUUUGAAUGAUUAUCGUUUACAAAAUCAAGAUAUUGCACAAAUUAAAGGCAUGAAGCCAAAUGAGAAAUUAAAGUUAAUUCAAGCUUUAAAUAUAACAAAUGUUAUGGGAAGUUUAGAUUAUUCCGAUGAUAUAGUAUUUGUAGAACAUGUUGCAAGGCUAACCAAUGUUUUAGGUGUAGAAUUGUGUAAAAUAUGGGAGGAUCAAGAAACAAGAAAUGUUGCAUAUAAUCAGAUAGAAUAUUUACUUGAAUUUUUAUUAAAGUUUCUUGCAGAUGAAUAUGAUGAUACUUCAUCUGCUGUUUUUCCUUUUGUAACUGCAUUUCAAUCAUUAUUAAAAAGACAAAAAAAAAUAGCAGGUGAACUUACUGGUGAACAAAGAGAGUUUCUAGCUUCUUUGUUAAAAGUCGUUAUUAUAAAGAUGAAAUAUGAUGAAUCAACUGAUUGGAAUGGAACGGAUGAAGAAGCUGAGGAAGAAGCCGAAUUUUUAGAAAUGCGAAAAUUCCUGAAACAAUUUUUUGAUGUAAUUCAUAAUAUAGAUGAGCAAAUAUUUACUACAUUUGUUCAUUCAGCCAUAAUUAAUACUUUUGAAAAUUAUCAAAAAAUUGGUAACGAGUUUGAUUGGAGAGACUUAGAGUUGAGUUUACAUGUGUUACUUUUAUAUGGCGAGGCUCUUAAAGGAUCAAUGUCAUUUGUGUUAAAGCAAAACAAUGAAGUUGUUGCUUUGUCUCCUUUAGGUGAAAUGAUUCUUAAAAUGUUUCAGUGUAACGUUUUUACAUAUCCACAUCCAUCAACCGCUUUGAUUUUUUUUGAAAUUGUUGUUCGUUACUAUCAAUUCUUUGAAGUUCAACCCGAAUAUAUUCCAAUAGUUUUAGAAGCAUUUAUUGAUACGCGUGGUUUACAUAGUAUUAACUUACAAAUUCGUUCCAGAUCUUGGUAUCUUUUCUAUAAAUUUGUUAAAUCACUCAAAUCGAAAAUGAGUAAUUAUGUGGAAACAGUUUUGAGUAGUAUUCAGGAUUUAUUAAUAAUUCAAUUAGAUCCAGCUAUAACUGAUGCAGCUGGCGAAAUUUUAUUAGCUAAAGAAGAGGCUAUGGAUAAUACAUUUACUAAUCAAUUAUAUUUAUUUGAAACUGUUGGAAUACUGAUUACAAUUGAUUCUGUUCCUAUUGAAAUUCAAAUGGAAUAUUUAAAGGCUAUCGUUGGUCCUUUACUUGCUGAAUUACAGCAAAACCUUGAAACAGGUUCAACAGAUGUGCGUACAAUUAUCCAAAUACAUCAUUUAAUGAUGGCAAUUGGCAGCAUAGCAAAAGGAUUUCCUGAGGCGUCAAAAGGUGUGGCACAAACGGCCCCUUGGAUUGAUUUUAUGAAACAAACAACUGAAGCUAUUUUAGUGGUUUUGAAAACUCUUAGUAAUUUUGAAAUUAUUCGAGAUUCUGCAAGAUAUGCUUUUGCAAGGCUUGUGAAUGUCCUUGGUAUAGAAAUAUUGCCAUAUCUUCCACCUUUAAUUGACGGAUUGUUGAAUGAAAUUAUUUUUGAUAUUUUAAAUGAAUUAAUUAAUCCAUUGUUCAGAAAAGUUUUUCUUGUUUUAAAUCAAGCACCAUCCGGGACUGAUGAAACUAUUUUAUUUGUAGUUCUUCGAAAAGCAUAUUUAAAUUUUAUUUUAGGAUUAUUAAAUGGCGGAAUGGAUCAAGUUUUGAUAAGUGAAUUGAAUAAACCCAAUUUAGAAAAUAUACUUCAAAGUGUGAUCCACUAUGCUAGUGAUACAUCAGAAAUUAGUUCUCUUAAAAUUUCAUUUAAUAUUUUAUCAAGGGCUAUAAGUUUAUGGGGUGUUAAUCCAUCACAAAUAACUCAAGAUAUCACUACCACCGCCACUGUUACAACCACCAACAAUUCUUCUAAUGAUGCCUUUUCUAGAACUUUAGAAUCUCAACCUUUACCUGGGUUUGAACGUUUUAUGUAUGAACACAUAUUGCGUGUUUGUUUUGAACUUCCGAUGAAACAAUCAUUCGAUGUUGCUGAUGGUCAAUCAUCAGUGGUUUUAGGCGAAAUCUCAAACAUGAUUAAAACUAUGUAUACACUGAGAGGCAAUGAAUUUCUUGAAUAUACAAGGAACAUUUGGUUGCGACAAGAUCUUGCUGAUGAAUUCUUGCAAGCUUUACAACAAUUAGAUCAAAAAGCUUUUAAAAAAUAUUUUACGGUAUAG